AUGAUAGAAUAAGAAUAAUAAUUGACUUGUGCAUAUUGUCAUCAUCAACGAAUUAUCACUGUUGCACUAGAUUCAGAUAUACCUCAAUCUUAAAGACUCUAUUGUGAGAAAUGUUUAGAUACAGCAGAAGGAUAUAAAAAAGUAGUAAACCUGAUUGAAGAAAAAUUAAAAAAGAAAGCAGAAUAUGUUGAAAAGCUAAUUUAUUUUAAUUACUCAAAAAUUGAAUAGCUAAUUGAUACUAUUUAAAGUUUAAAAUCAAGCUUGACUCAAUCUUUAAAUCAAAUUGAAGGUAUUCUGAAUAAAUGGAUGAUGGAUUUAAGAUAGGCGGAAUAGUAAUUAAUUAAUUAGAGUUUUUAUGAGGAAUUGGAUUCUUACAUACAAAAAGAAAAUAAAGUAGAUUUCAAUUAUAAGAAAUAUAAUUCUUAGAUUGAUAAAAUUAAUUAGAAUUAGUUUUAAAAAGUUUAUCCAUUAAUCGAAAGAUUUAUAAGCUUUGAAGAAUUUAAUAAAUGUUUAAAUUAACUUUCUAAUUUAGUUUAAGAUCUAUUAUAUAGGAACAGGGUUUUAAUAAAAGAAUAAUCUUUAAUAUAAUAGGCUUAGUAACAAUAACAACCAUAAUAAGAAUAACUAUAAUAGGAAUAAUCUUAAUAGUAACAAUAAUAAUAAUAAAUUUAAUAAUAAUAAUCUUAGUAAUACUAAUAAUAAGAAAUAAAUAUAACACAAUAACCAAAAUAGGUUGGGGAAGUGAAACUGACUUUAAAAGAUAAAUCUAUUUAGUAAGAAAAACGUUGCUAAGCAAUAGCUUUUGAUUCUUCUGGAUCCAUUAUGGUAACUACAGAAUCAAGAGAAAUCAAAGUAUGGAAUUUUAAAAAUGGUAAAAUUCAAUUAGUAAAUUCUUUACAGGGGCAUACUAGUUAUGUUAAUUGUUUGGUCUACAGUAAGACAUAGAAUUCUUUUCUUUCAUGUUCUGAUGAUAAAACAAUCAGAUGUUGGAAAUAAAUGAAUUUACGAAAUUGGAUGAGUUCAUAACCAUAUUAUUAACACACUCAUUAUAUUUAGUGCAUGAUUAUCAAUAAGAAUGAAGAUUUACUAUUUUCUGGUAGUUUUGAUAGGUCAAUUAAAGUUUGGAAGGUUGAUUUUAAUGAGAAUUUUUUGACUUAUUAAUAUUCAUUGGAUAAGCACAAUCAUUUUGUGAAUGGAUUAAGUUUGAACCCAUCAGAAAAUGUAUUAGCGUCAUGCGCAAAAGAUAAUAAUUCAAUUAUUAUUUGGGAAAGAAAUAUAAAUAAUAUAUUUGAAUUUAAAUACAUUGUUACACAAUCAAUAUAAGACACAGGGAAUAAACUUAUGUUUAUAACAGAUGAUGAAUUUAUUUGGGCAACCAGUUCCAGAUCUUAAGAUAACAUUUAUACCUUUUAAUUAAAAUAAGGAAUAUUUUAAGAAAACUAAGAAAAGACAAUCCAACUAACUAAAAAUAAUAUGAUUUAAGAUGAAUUUCGAUUUCCAUUUUUAUACAAUAGAGAAAGGAAUUUAAUAGUUGUAAGGGUAAAAACUAUUAUAUAUAUUCUUUAAUAACUUAAUGAUGGCUCAUACAAAAUAGCUUCUCAAUUAAACUGUAACACCUAUGAAAUUUAUGGUCAAAUCACAAAUAAUGGACAGUAUUUAGUAUAUUGGGAUGACCAUAUUAAAGGAUAUAGCAUCUAUGAAUUAUAUAUAAAAUGA